AUGUCCGCGCCCUCAGACGAACGAAGUGAUCUUAUAGUACACGAGUUUCGCGAUACAUGGAACGACUAUUAUGCUUGGGAGCAAGAUUACUGCACUAAACAGAUCUCCAGACUCGCAGCAUCUGCACCUGCGCAGACGUCCCAUACCCUCACCUUCGACGACCUCAUUGCACCCUCGCCGUCCUCGUCAUCUGCUGAAAAUGCUUUCGUGUCCAAUAAUCACACCAACAGCGACGGCGCAGCUUUCAUCCGCCACAUCUUCGAUGGCCCGUCUCCGCGGUCAUCGCUGGUCCGCGCUACACUGGUCAAGGCGUCACAACCACUCCCACAACCAUACCCGCCGUACGAGUCGUGCACACCACUUCCAGCGAAUGUCCUUGUUGAGGACGAUCCAGACUACUUGCCCUACCUCCCACUCCCAGACGACCCUGCGUUCCCCACUGACGACUAUGUGGAAGAUCAUGAAGGAUUCGCUUGGGAAGAAGAAUAUCGAGGCCCUGAUGUGCGCGCUGUUGUGCUUGAGACUGCUCGCAGGCUGAAAGCAAAGCAUGGGAUGUCGCCCCAAGAAAUGGACGAGACCGGCAUCCUCCCCCUCGAGCUGCGCACAAGGUCCUCGUGGGGCGCGAUAUGGACUGAGAAGAUGAAGUACGUCCCCUACUUCACAUAUCAAGACACCGCUCGUCCGGCGGCGAACGACACCCGAACGCGGUUGCAGGACUACAUGACGCUGUGGUGUCCCAACCCGGACUGCCUCACCGCAUACUGCUUCACCCAUCGUCUCGAUGAAGUCGUGCUCGACCCACGCGAGCCGUUGUAUGUUAACUCGGCACCGUUCCAUCCUCUUACGCCAGAAAGCCCCUGCAGCAGAAACUGCACCUGGCAUCGGCCCAUUCAGGACGUGUCUGAGGUGCGUUUUGCGGAUCCAUCGGUGCCUCAGCCAAACGUCGCGGUGCUAUGUCGCCAGCACGUGAGGACCUCUGCUCCGCAGCCGGACGUGCGACAACCCACGCCGAAGUUCUGUAAUGAACUGCCUCCAAACUUCAUCCCGAACCGCCCGUGCCGGCACCCCGGACCGUGCGUCGACUGCGAAUGUGCACGAAACCAAGCGCACUGCUCCAGGACUUGUGCCUGCGCAAGGACGUGCGUCCGUCGCUGGCCUGGGUGCAAGUGCGCGAGGUCGAACGCGGGGGGCAACAGGAAGGGGAAGGGCAAACGGCAAACGAAGAAGGACCCGAAGGCGGCGUGCCCGUCCGACCUCUGCCCGUGCAGGCUCGCCAAGCGGGAGUGCGACUCGGCCGUGUGCGGCCCGUGCGGGACGGCGUGCAGGAACGGCCAGAUCCAGCGAGGCGCGUGCAAGGCGGUCGAGGCGAAGACGAGCGCGCUCGGGAUCGGGCUGUUCCUCGCCGAGGACGCGGAGAAGGGCGACCUGGUCUUAGAGUACGUCGGCGAGCUCAUCUGCGAGCCGACCUUCGACACGCGCCACAUCGUCGCGCUCGCGCGGGGCAGAAGCUACGUCUUUGGUGUCAACGAGCAGGUCUCGAUCGACAGCACGUACGCGGGCAAUCCCGCGCGAUUCAUCAACCACGCCUCCGCGGGAAAGGCGAACGUGCGACCUUCGAUAAUGCUCGUGUACGGCAACCAGCGCGUGGGGUUGUAUGCAAAGAGAAAGCUGAAAGCAGGCGUGGAGCUUCUCAUGGACUAUGGGCCAGAAUUUCCGAUUCCGGAUCAAAGAAAUAAAUACCGCGAGGCUGGGAUUUGA